AUGGCUAUGGAAAGGCAGCAGUAUUUUAAUAAUCUCCAGAGGAAGCUGUUAACACGAGCGAUGUGGGGAUGGACAGCGCUUUUGAGUGAAAUUGAGACCUUGGACAUCCCGUCGCAGUUCGACAUUUUCCCAGAAGCUUACCUAGGUGUGCAGGUAAAAUUAACGUUACUCUAGCUUAGGCCUGUUUUAAAUGUUAAUGGUGUGCCCACACUGUCCCGAUUACAAUACAAAGGUUAUAUCAGAAUAUUCUACUAUACAUUACUGCAUAGCCGUUUUAAUAGGCAAUGGCUUUGACAAAAAUAAUCUAAAUGAAAUGCGCUGUCAUGUUUUGCAGCACUUCACGGGUUAGGAUACUGCUAACUGGGUUGGAAGAAACACCGGGAAAAUAACAGCCUCGGGAUCUACCAAUGUUUUUUACUAGUAGUGGUUUAUUUUAGCAAGUUUUCUCUUGCACGCGCUAGAUACAUCUAUCUGAGAGACAAUUAUUAACUGAAAUAACAAACCUUAAUUAAUUCCCCUUAGUUUCGUUCAUUAAUAUUAUUUAAAAUGCUAAAAAAUCAUUAGCGCGAUUUAAAAUUCCUUUAAAAAAAUUUAUCCAACCUUUGGUGGUACGUACCAACAUUCCAUCGAUAAUGUGGCAGCUACAUUGUACCCAGAUGAUGCACCUCCAGAUUUUCAGCCAGUUACCUGUUUUGGGGAUGGCAAUUGCCUGUUUAGAGCGUUCUCUGUAA